AUGCCGCCACGUAUAGCCGACGACGAAUAUAUCGACGAUGGUGCCGACGCCUAUGAUGCGGAAGACUUCCUCGACGACGAUGACAGCGGGGACGAGUAUCGUUCAGCCCCGUCAUUACCCAAGCUGGGCACAUUGCGUGGGGCUUCAUCCCGCUCCUCGGCAACAGUAAGUGCUUCGAAUGGCAGAGGGGCAAGAACCGCCGCUGGGGCUGCUUCUGCUUCGACUAGUGCUGCUGCUGCUCGAGCUAAAGCAGCGGCCAACGCCAAAUCCAAGCAAAAGGAUCAGGGAUACUCGUGGGAAGCCACCUACAAGCGAUCAUGGGAUGCUGUGGCCGAGGACGAUUCCGGCUCGCUCGAAAGCGCCGUGCGCUCCAUGAUCGAAGGCUCCAAGCGUCGACGUGUACUCAAAGACGUAGCUCCCGUCCAACGCGGCAUCAUCCGUCACCUCGUCCUCCUCAUCGACCUCUCGGCAAGCAUGCUGGAGAAGGAUAUGCGACCCAACCGAUUCGACGUGACGUUGCAAUAUGCACGCGAGUUCGUCGGCGAGUACUUCGACCAAAAUCCCAUCGGGCAGCUAUCUAUCAUCGGCACGCGCCAGGGUAUCGCCGAGAGACUCGCAAUGAUGGGAGGCAACACAGUAGAUCACACGGCAUCACUCACCAACAAGCGUCGACUCGAACCUCGCGGUGAGCCGUCGCUGCAGAACGCACUCGAGAUGGCCCGCAGCAGUCUGGUGCACCUGCCAGCAAGCAACUCGCGAGAGAUACUGGCCAUUUUUGGCAGCUUGACCACGUGCGAUCCAGGCAACAUCCACGAUACGAUCGGCACGUUGGUCAAGGAUAACAUCCGCGUGUCGAUUGUGCAUCUCGCUGCCGAAGUCAAGGUGUUCAAGGACGUGUGUACACGUACGGGCGGCACUUUCAGUGUGGCGCUCAACGAGGGGCAUUUCCACGAUUCGCUGUUUGAGUUGGUACCACCGCCGGCUGUCGAGGGGCCGAGACGGACCCGAAAGCGACGCGUCGGAGGUGCUGCGAAUGGGACUACCAAUGGAACAGCGCAAGGCGAGGACGAGGAGGACGAUGAAGUGCAGAACGGUGUUGAUUUACUGCAGAUGGCGUUCCCACUGCGACUGCCCGCGCACGCCGCCCCAACAUUGUGCGCCUGUCACUCGCGCUCGCGCGGCAGCGGCUACCUCUGCCCACGGUGCGGCGUCAAAGUAUGCGACGUCCCCACCGACUGCCCCGUCUGCGGCAUCACAAUCGUCAUGUCGACGCACCUUGCGCGGUCGUACCACCACCUGUUCCCCGUGCCCAACUGGAAAGCUGUACCGUGGUCCGAGGUCAGCACCACGUCCAUGAACGCGUGCUUCUCGUGCAACUUGCCGUUCCCAUCGCUGCAGGAGGGGAAAGAGCGCAGUGCAGCGGCAAACAAGGCUCUGGAAGAGGCGGGGUUGUCGGCCAGUUCUCGAUACAAGUGUACGAGGUGCGCCAAGGACUUCUGCCUGGAGUGUGAUGCGUUUGUUCACGAGCAGUUGCAUGUAUGUCCUGGAUGUUGUUGA